AUGUUGGCACUGUAUCACAGCUCAGCUGGUCCCCCUGAUUGUCUCGUUGUCAGCAAGCCAGCCAUCUCAUGCCCCCAACUUCCCAGAAACAUCAUCUCACUCAAUCUCCAGACAGUGACAAAUAUGCCUGAGAAUUCGGAACCGGCAGAAAGGCCUAGCAUUAAGCUGAAGCUGCCCUCUGAUUCCGGAAGUGAACACAGGCGCCGCGAGAGUAAAGAGCUAUGCCAGGUUUGCCAAAGUCUGGACCUUGGGGUUCACUGUUUCAAGGUCCGAUACGGUUCAUCCGGCGGCUCAACGUUGAGCCGUCCGUUACAUUCGUCCACAGCCGUACGCCGCCUCGGCAGCCUCAACGCGAUCAGGGCACGCUCUUCGAAAUGUCCGCUAUGCGCCUUAAUCAUGGACUCAGUAACGGAGCUAAGCCCCGAAAAUCCAUACUCUCAACCUCUUGACGAAGCAGCAGAAAGUCAACUGCAAAGAGCCACGUGCUCUAUCAGCUGGGAGAUUGAUGGCCGCGAAACAGCUAAGCGAACCGGAAAGAGCCCAAGGAACCUCGUGCGUGGCGUCACGAGGCGCAUGCAUAUUCGAUGGAAUCAUCCCAGACUGUCGAAUGCCUACCUUGUCUAUGUCGCGCCAGAGACGUUCUCGAGGACUACGUCAGAUGCUGAUCGAGUCUGGGCCAAAGAGUCCAUGUUUUUGGGCAGACCGCUGACUCAAAAUAUUGAAAACCAAGCUCUCAUUCAGUCCUGGCUUGAUCUAUGCAGGAAAACCCACCGAGGUCCUUGUCGACAGAUUGAAAGCGACCGUAGUCAUCGUUUCAGGGAGAUGGUUUCUCACUCUUACUUUGGCGUUAUUGACGUACAAAACAUGCAGCUGACGCAGCUGCCCUUCCAGCCUCUGGCUGAUUCACAAAGAUCGCCAACAUAUUACCAAUCUGUCGAAGACCUCAAACUAGAACCUUACGUAGCGCUGAGUUACGUUUGGGGCAAUGACACGGACGCAUACAAGACUUUGACCGAGAACGUCAUGUUCCAUCGAACACACGGCGGUCUGGAAGAGGUCCUAUCGAGAAUACCCAAGGCUAUUCAGGACGCUUUCGACCUGGUGCGGAGAUUGGGUUUCAGAUAUGUCUGGAUAGAUCGACUCUGCAUCGUCCAGAACAGUCCAAGGUCAUGGAAGCUCAACGCCUACAACAUGGACCUCAUCUACGGAAACGCGGAGCUCACCAUUUGUGCUGCGGAUGGCGACGCUUCAAUCGGUCUACGAGCCAUGCGGCCGAACACUCGCAAUACCACGCAGUGCAAGCGGCACAUCACUCCAAAUUUGCAACUCAUGGUAACUCGGCCACCGGAGAUGUAUAUUCGAGCUUCCACGUGGAACGAACGAGCAUGGACGUUCCAAGAACGUUUGCUGUCGAGGCGUUGCCUGAUUUUCACAAACGGCCGUGUCUACUACCAGUGUCGGUCAACUGGCAUGUCGGAGGACAUCUUUGGUGAUCAAAAGGGGGCUGGCUGGUCGUUGGACCUAGUCGAUGCACCACUGCAAAUGUUCAGACAACUAGACAAUCGCGCGAUCUGGGUCUACAUGAAAUGUGUAGAACUGUAUACGGAGCGAAAGCUCGCCCAUCUACAAGACAUCCAGGCGGCUUUCAGUGGCAUGGCAAACAUGAUGGAAGAUCGUAUGCGCGCCCCAUUCAUCAACGGCCUGCCGAGUUCUCACUUUGACUUGGCUCUUCUUUGGGAACCCAUGAAGCAGACGAAGAGGAGAAUCAUUACACAAAACUCAAGCACUUCCUCUCUUCCAGAUUUCCCGACUUGGUCAUGGACCGGUUGGAUUGGCGAGGUCAAAUACAAAGAUGAUCUCGUUGCUGGUAUUCUGGAUAAUGUAUCCGACUGGCUGGAUACUCACACUUGGAUUAAGUGGUGGGUCCGGGAUGGGCAUGGUGAUCUGAGGCCAUUAUGGGAUGCCGAUCGGUCUGUCGAAGAUCAAAGUAAGGAUAUCAAGUGGAGAGGCUACACCGACAAGCGGGCACAACAAACUGAGUAUACCGGAGACCGCCAGGAGGUCUAUUAUGACGAAGAAACUAUCACACGCAUUCGUCGACGGGAAAACCGGGACUAUGAAUGGACUCGGGAGCGAAGACCAGACAACCGUAGCUCCGAGAGCGACAACGACGAUGACGAUGACAGCAGCGGCAGCUCUUCCGAUGCGGAUACAAGAAGAUCUGAUGGAAAAGGCUAUGAGGUUUAUAAUAGCCACCGUAAAUCGGUUAGCUAUGGACCCAACGUCGAUACAGGCUUGCCAAAUGGUGUAAAAAUCAUUCGUCCGGAUGGACCACCACCACGUUUUCCCUCGACGAGAAGCCGAAGCGGUGAGAGAGAGCGCCAUUCACGAGUGGAUCGACGAGUGGAGGGUAGAGGUUACUUGAGGUACGACCUCCCGCCACCACCGUCUCCCAGACGAGAAUCUUCGCUGGUAGGGGAACUCGAAGAUCCAUCGCAUCAUCGUCAACGAUCCCGACGAGAAUACCGGGAUGGCUACGAGCGUCAACGUCGACCCACGGGCCGGACAGAACGAUUAGAGUCCGAGCACCCAACACUCAACGCAGCCUUCUUCGACUUGAGAUACAAGGACGACGAGGCAGAAUUCAGCAUCGCUCUUCGAGACUACCCUUACCGUGUGGUCAAGGCAGAGUACACGCCAAAGCCCGAAACUUCCGAGUUCCCUCUACUGCCUAUUCUGCAGUUUCGUACCUGGCACACAUGGCUGUACAUCAGGGAAAGCAUGCCAGUAGAACAACAGGAUGAGAAUCGAAGAAGAGUGAGUAUGAAUGUGGGGCUCGGUCAGGUUCGACACCACAUUGUCGACGAGAGUGGUGACUGGUGCGGCUCUCUUGUGUUAGAUGCGGAGUGGGCAGCCACAGCAGAUGCCAGGCAGGAGUUCAUUGCCAUCUCCGAGGCUAAAUGCUUCACACCCUCCGAGUGCCAAGAAUGGACGUAUUACAUUCCCAAAGAGCGCGAUCAGAGCGAAUGGGAUUUGUUCUACGUGUUGCUCAUUGAGAGGAAAGACGAGAGAUGGGAGAGAGUUGGUGUUGGAAAGGUUUUCCAGGAGGCUUUUAGGAGUUCAAGGCAAAGGGAAAUUAUGCUCAGCUAG